AUGACAAACUUAGAAAACAUCUGUGGCAAGUUUAACUCCUCAAUAGAGAAUAUGAAACUUAUAGUUUGCAAUGAACUUCAAAGUAUAGAUACAACAAAAGUUUUGAACUCAGAUGCUUUGAAGAGUCUUAUAACAGACAAAGUUGGAGUUGUUGAAAGAAAGUAUAAAGACCAAAGAGUUUGCGAAAAUGUUGCAAACUUCAUUAUGGUUUCAAACAAUGCUGUUCCGAUGAAGUUAGAAAGUUCUGACAGAAGAUAUGUAGUUGUCAGAACGUCAGAUUCUCAUAUGCAAGAUACAGAAUAUUUUGACGACUUAGCAGAAACUUUGACAUCUGACUUUUACAACCACUUGUUCUCAUAUUUCAUGACAUUAGAUAUUUCUAAGUUCAAUCCAAGACAAAUUCCACAUACCGAAGAGAGACAAACAUUGUUAGAAGCAAACAAGAGUGUAUAUGAACUGUUCAUAGAUGAAACUGACUUUGUGUCAUUAGAUGAAAAGUCUUUAUAUGAUGAAUAUAAACAAUAUUGUCAAGAAUAUGGUUAUAUGACAGCUUCUAAACGUACAUUCUUGGCAAAUGUCAAAAGUCUUUUAGAUGUUCAGAAUGGUGUAUAUACAAAGAAAAUUUUUCUGAGUAAAGGGAUGGAAUGUUAA